UUCUGUUCGUCGUUCGUUCGAUGAGACGAGAUGCGCCCUACCGACAGCGGCCCGUGUUGUGUUAUGCGCGCCGACGAUCGCGACACGCGAGCAGCCAGUUGGUCGAAAUGGUCGACCACGAAUGGUUGGUAAACAAAUCUCGGGAAGAGGCGAAUACGCGCUGAGCGACGAGAGGAGGUGCGAAAAACUGACACAAUCGACGAGAGAAAUGACAAUACUAAACGAUCGCACGACGAUCGUGUACGAAAUCAAGUGUUCUCGUGACGUAUAAGGAGCGAAAAUUCAAAACGACUGAAAUCGAAGGGAAGAGGUGAUACGCGUAGCGAUCAGCAGGGUAUAUAUUGUUCGCGAUCGCGUUACACAUUUCGCGUCGUGUGUCGCCAUAGUUAUAAACGUAGCGCGCCUUUUCGAGCGUUCGCGUAUUUGCAGACUCGCCGCGUGACGUUGCGGGGUGUCGCACGGCUAUACGUUAUAUAUACGUGUGUGUUGUAACGUGUCGCGAUGUAGUGUCUUUCGCGCGCGACGAGAGGCGCAUUUUUCGUAUAACGCGUUUAAUCCCACUAUUACCAACUUGAUUUCGCGCUCGCACGUGACUCGGUGGACUGAUCCGCGCUGUGACGCGAGCGUAGAAGUUCGGCGCGGCGCCGCCGCCGCUGGCCCUUUAAAUCGCCCGGGGCAUUUCGUCCUCCCCUCCCGCCCUCCCCUCCUCUCCUCUACUCCGACGCGCGUGUGUAUGGUGCCUCUCUGCGACCAUUUAAAUCCCACGAGGUCGACCGGUCGGUUCGUUUAAAGCCCAUCAUUGUGCAAUCGUCGCACACCGGACUCACGACUGUCGCUCUCCCUCUCUCUCUCUCUCUCUCUCUUUUUCCGUCGCUCCCUCUCGCAUUCUCACCUCGAUGUCGCCGUCGUCGAUGUUUUACGAGCGUUCUUACGAUAUCGCGAGCAGUCACGCGCGCGAGAUCGUAAACUUCCCCCGCGGAGAUUCACGGCGCGACGCUUGACUGGUGUUUUUUGGCAACGAUCACCGGAACCUUAUCCUUGCGCGCAUCCCAUCCUUGUGCUCUGCCUCGAGUUCUGCCGCAGCCCCGGCACCCCGAAGAAUUAUGUAACGCCUGUCGUGGAGCCGCCGACCACUGAACCAGCCCGCCCGGCUCGGAAUGCGGGAUCCCUUCGCAGUUUUUGGCGAGACGUGUUUGGCUUCGGAUUACGUUCGACGUGAAUUGGAUGCAGUGACGUCAUCGGGAGUUAGCUCCACGUAUGUCAAUAGACAACACCAGUUGGCUAUGGCUCGUGCACUGAAGCCACAACUGCCGUCCUCCAAGCCGCCUCUCAUUUCUUCAUGGCAGCUACGAGUGACAGCGGGCUAGUGGACACAGAUCCAGGUCGAGUUAGCAGCAUGACAGCCAUUAACUCGGGUCCGGUCGGGGAAGUGGGCGGCGUGAGGCUGCCGCUACAGUCAUUACAUGGAUACGGAUCUGUGUUCAUGUACUCGGCGUCAACGAGUCCCGGGGGUGGAGGUGGCCAGGGUGGCGGAGGCGGGGGUGAGGUCACCCUCCGCCUCCGCGAACCCGAGGACAUUCCCGAAGAGGUUCUCGCUCGCCUCGAGGACACCGCCACUCUCUCUAUUUCUCUUCAAAGCGAUGCAGUCCUGAGGCUAGGAGCGGCUGGCACAGGAAAUGGAAAUUUAGAGUUGUUCGAUAGUGAGAGCGGGCCGGACCUCACGCUAUCACCUCAAACAUUCACGUCAACGGCGGAGGCCUUCAUCAAUGACAAUAGCGACAGUCUCGGGGUUCCGGGAGACAACGACACCG